UUUUAAACCCCUUGGAGCCUCAACCAGCUGAGCAUCCAACUUAAAGCUCACAGUUCAAACACGCACUACCAAGCAAAACAAAGCAGAUCAAAAAGCCUGCCGGCAGAGCAAAGGGUUCUCAAUGGAAUGGGGGUGUCCACCUUCCGUUUCUGAAAAAGAAAAAAAAUUGACUAACACUCUUAGAAGAUACACACAUUAUAUUUGCACGCUUUAGAAGAAUUCGAGAGGAUUUUAAGCUUGCUCAUAGCUCUGAUCACAGCAUGAACGCAACUUAGUUCCUCUAGUAAUACACGCGCCAAGUUUAUGCUUUUAUUUUUGCAGUGAUGAUUAAGUACCUCAUGUGUCACUCCAAGCAGCCGGCGAAACUCGCAGUGCUUAUAGUACUGUUGUUGCUGCUGCUUUGUCAUGGAAUUGGCAACGUCCAUUGCUCUGCAGUUCAUGAGAACAACGAAGAUUUUCACUCACUGCUAGAAUUCAAACGGGGCAUCACCAGCGAUCCAAAAGGAGCCUUGAGCAAUUGGAACCCCGAUACCCACUUCUGUCGGUGGAAUGGUGUGAACUGCAGCUCAACACGGCCAUGGCGCGUCACGGAGCUCAACCUCACCGGACAAAACUUGGCAGGCCAAAUCUCAUCCUCUCUUGGAAACCUGACCUCCCUUGACACGCUUGAUCUAUCCUAUAAUAUGUUUCUAGGUUCCAUACCUAUUCUUAACAGACUCCAACACCUGAAAACUCUUUAUCUGGGAAGCAACCUUUUAGACGGCGUUAUUUCUAACACACUAACAAACUGUUCCAACUUAGCCUACCUAGAUCUGUCUAAAAACAACCUCACGGGUGUUAUUCCUCCUAGAAUAGGUUUUCUUACCAAGCUAGCAGGUAUCCUCCUUAUCCGUAAUGAUCUCACCGGGGGCAUCCCAGCAGCCCUCGGAAACAUCACUACUUUACGAGUACUUGAUCUUUCAGAAAAUCACCUCGAUGGAAGAAUUCCCCACGAGAUUUGGCAAAUGUCAAACAUAGUGCAGUUGUACCUAGACCAAAAUAACCUAUCAGGUGGAAUCCCACAAACUCUAUCUAAUAUAUCUUCUCUUCAGGAUUUAUCCUUGGCGAGCAAUAUGCUAGGCAACACAUUGCCAUCUAACAUUGGCGAUGCCCUUCCUAAUCUCCGGUUAUUGUACUUGGGAAUGAAUUAUUUCGAGGGUUACAUUCCAGCUUCCCUAGGCAAUCCGUCAGGUCUAGAACAAAUAGAUCUAUCAAGUAAUUAUUUCACUGGCCAAAUCCCAAGCUCUUUUGGGAAGCUUUUACAGCUGUAUUAUCUAAACCUUGAGGCAAACGAGCUUGAAGCAAGGGACAGUGAAGGCUGGGAAUUCUUCCAUGGCCUGGCAAAUUGUAGUUUUCUAAAUGAACUUUCGUUGUCUAAUAAUCAGCUACAGGGACCCAUACCAAAUUCGAUUGCUAAUUUGUCCACCAAUCUUAUAGCUCUACAUAUGGGUGGAAACCACCUAUCAGGAAUAAUACCCACAAGUAUCCAAAAGUUUAGUGGUUUAAUUGACCUCGGACUAGAUUACAACAAUCUUACAGGCACAAUUGAAGACUGGAUCGGAAAGCUGACGAAUCUACAAACUUUAAGGCUCCAAUCGAACAACUUCAUUGGGACAGUUCCACCUUCCAUUCACAAUCUUACAAAUUUGACGGUUCUCUCUCUUGCGAACAAUAAACUCACUGGUUUUGUGCCACCUAGCUUGGGAAACCUUAAACCAAUAUUGAUGUUGAACCUUAGCUAUAACAGUUUCCAAGGAAGCAUACCUGCUGAGUUUGGUAACUUUAGACAACUCACUGAACUAGACCUUUCAGCAAACAAAUUUAGUGGAGAAAUUCCUGAAACUUUGGGCCAGUUUCAACAGAUACAGACCAUUCAAAUGGACCAAAAUUUUCUUACAGGAAACAUUCCAAUUACCUUCAGCAAUCUAAAGAGCUUGAGCAUGCUCAAUCUUUCCCAUAACAAUUUAUCAGGCCCCAUGCCAGCUUGUGUAAAUGAUCUAGAGUCUCUCACUAAACUAGAUCUAUCUUACAAUAAUUUCCAAGGAGAAAUACCAAACAGUGGUAUAUUUGAUAAUGCUACAAUUGUUUCACUCGAUGGUAACCCGGGACUGUGUGGAGGAGCCAUGGAUUUGCAUAUGCCUUCAUGCCGUGUUGUACGUAGAAGAAAAGUAGAAAUCGUAAACUACAUGGUCAAAAUAUUGAUCCCAAUAUUUGGGUUCAUGUCACUCAUAAUGUUCAUUUACAUUAUAAUCCAUGGGAACAAGACAUCAAGAGGACCAUACAUAUUGCUGCUUUCUUUCGGUAAGCAAUUCCCUAAAGUUUCUUACAAGGACCUAGCCCAAGCUACUGGAAACUUCUCCGAGUCAAACCUAGUAGGGAGAGGAAGCUAUGGAUCAGUUUACAAAGGAAAUUUGACUCAAGCUAAAAUGCAAGUGGCCAUUAAGGUUUUUGACCUUGAGAUGAGGUAUGCAGACAAAAGUUUCGCAUCAGAAUGUGAGGUGUUGAGAAGAAUCCGUCACCGGAACCUUCUUUCUAUCCUAACUGCUUGUUCAACAAUAGACAAUACAGGUAACGAUUUCAAAGCGCUUAUUUAUGAGUUCAUGCAAAAUGGGAAUUUGGACACAUGGUUGCAUCACAGACGUGCUGGUUUACCUACAAAAUGUUUGGGCUUAGUUCAAAGAAUGAACAUAGCUGUUGGCAUAGCUGAUGCAUUGGCCUACUUACACCAUGACUGUGGAACGCCUAUUGUCCAUUGUGAUCUGAAACCAACUAAUAUCCUUCUUGAUGAUGAUAUGAAUGCCCAUUUAGGAGACUUUGGCAUUGCAAGUUUAGUUCUUGAUGCUAGGUCAACAAAAGUUGGACACGCUGGUCCUAAUAAUCCAGUCCCUGUGACGGGAACUAUCGGAUACAUCGCUCCAGAGUAUGCUCAAAGUAUUCAUGCAUCAACCUGUGGGGAUGUUUACAGUUUUGGAAUAGUACUUUUGGAGAUGAUAAUAGGCAAAAGACCAACCGAUUCUAUGUUUGAGGAUGAACUCACCAUGGUUAGUUAUGUGGAGAGGAACUUUCCAGAUAAAUUGUUACAUAUUAUUGAUGUCCAUCUCCGAGAAGAAUGCAAGGGCUUUAUCCAAGCAGCGGUGGAAUCAAAAAAUGAGGCGCAUCGAUGCUUGCUGUCUCUCGUGCAAGUUGCUCUUUCUUGCACGCAUCUAUCGCCAAGAGAACGAAUGAACAUGAGAGAAGUAGCCAUCAACUUGCACUCAAUCAGAAGAUCAUAUGUUCGAGCGAUCAAGGACGAGCAAGUUCUUGUUUGCUAGAUGGAUUUACAACACGCCAUGGAGCUUGGAUAUUAGCUUAGUUUUUCUGUCAACACAGUAGCCAAUAAUCAUAAAGAUGAGAUUAGCAA